GAGGAGGGAGGGGAGGAGCCGCCGCCGGAGAGGGCGGGGUCUGCUGACAGCCGCCUCCAGUGCGGAGCCGGAGCCGGGGAUUUCCAGCCCUGCUAGAGGAAGUGCGGGGCGUGUGUGUGUGUGUGUGUGUGUGUGUGAGGGGAGCGAGGGAGCGAGGGAGGGAAGGAUUACAGCGCAGAAGGGACUUUCCAGCCCCGCCGGCUGCGGCUCCCUUCCCUCCGCCUCCUCCUCCUCCACCUCCUCCUCCUCCCCCCCGGCUCUCCCCGCCACUGCCCGCCGAGAUGGGGCUGAAGGGGGAGGAAGAGGGUGCAGAAGGGGGAGGAGGAUCCCAUGGCCUCCCCUAGCCCUCCCCUCCCACCCCCCGAAGAAGCAGGAACCACCUCGGAUAAGGGGCUUCACUGCAUUAUUUGAAGAAAGAUAAGGUUGGGACCGCUUUCCUGCUCAUUUCUUUAAUGAAGUCUCUUGCUCCCUGAUCAAGCUAAACAUCUUCUUGCUUAUGACACACAGGAUCUGUCUAGUCUAAAAUGGAUUCUAGUAAAAAGAUGGACCCCUCUUUAGUACAGCAAAAUGUACCACCAAAGGGCAAUCCUGAUCGCGGUCCUGGAGCGUCAAUUUAUGUCCCGGAACAAGGAGGUUACAAAGAGAGAUUUGUGAAAACAGUGGAAGACAAGUAUAAGUGUGAAAAAUGUCAUCUGAUAUUAUGCAACCCCAAGCAGACGGAAUGUGGACACCGAUUCUGUGAAACUUGCAUGAAUAUGUUGUUAAGUUCAAGUCCAAAAUGUUCGGCGUGUCAAGAAAACGUCAUUAAAGAUAAGGUGUUUAAGGACAAUUGCUGCAAGCGAGAAAUACUUGCUCUUCAAAUAUACUGUAGAAAUGAAAACAGAGGUUGCACAGAACAGUUAACUCUGGGACAUUUGCUGGUACAUUUAAAAAGUGAUUGUCAAUUUGAAGAACUUUCAUGUCCUCGUGCUGACUGCAAAGAAAAAGUGCUGAGAAAAGACUUACCUGACCAUAUAGAAAAAUCCUGUAAAUACCGGGAGGCCACAUGUAAAUAUUGUACAAGUCAAGUUCCAAUGAUUACAUUGCAGAAACAUGAAGAUACAGAGUGUCCAUGUGUUGUAGUCUCAUGCCCGCAUAAGUGUAGUGUUCAAACACUUUUGAGGAGUGAGUUGAAUGCACAUUUGUCAGAAUGUAUUAAUGCCCCAAGUACGUGUAGUUUUAAGCGUUAUGGCUGCACAUUUCAGGGAACAAACCAGCAAAUUAAAGCACAUGAGGCCAGCUCAGCAGUGCAGCAUGUUAACUUAUUGAAAGAGUGGAGUAAUUCUCUAGAGAAAAAGGUAUCCCUGCUGCAGAAUGAAAGUGUAGAAAAAAACAAGAGUAUUCAAAGUUUACACAAUCAAAUUUGCAGCUUUGAAAUAGAAAUCGAAAGACAGAAGGAAAUGCUUCGGAAUAAUGAAUCCAAAAUACUUCAUUUACAGCGAGUCAUAGACAGUCAAGCGGAGAAACUAAAAGAACUGGACAAAGAGAUCCGCCCCUUCCGACAGAACUGGGAAGAAGCAGACAGCAUGAAGAGCAGCGUGGAGUCUCUCCAGAAUAGAGUGACGGAACUGGAGAGCGUCGACAAGAACGCAGGGCAAGCGGCUCGCAACACAGGUAUGCUUGAGACCCAGCUAAGUAGACACGAUCAGAUGCUGAGCGUCCAUGAUAUUCGCCUGGCUGACAUGGACCUCCGAUUCCAAGUCUUAGAAACCGCCAGCUACAACGGAGUACUGAUUUGGAAAAUUCGAGAUUAUAAGCGACGGAAGCAAGAAGCGGUCAUGGGGAAGACUCUGUCUUUGUACAGCCAGCCCUUUUACACGGGCUACUUUGGCUACAAGAUGUGCGCCAGGGUUUAUCUUAAUGGGGAUGGGAUGGGGAAAGGGACCCACCUCUCGUUGUUUUUUGUCAUAAUGCGGGGUGAGUACGAUGCUUUGCUUCCUUGGCCGUUUAAACAGAAAGUGACUCUCAUGUUGAUGGAUCAGGGAUCUUCCCGCCGCCACUUAGGAGAUGCUUUCAAACCCGACCCGAACAGCAGCAGCUUCAAGAAGCCCACUGGAGAGAUGAACAUUGCGUCCGGUUGUCCGGUCUUCGUGGCCCAAACUGUUCUAGAGAACGGGACGUAUAUUAAAGACGAUACUAUUUUUAUUAAAGUCAUAGUGGAUACGUCGGAUCUACCAGACCCCUGACCAGGAAGCAGGGAGACCAAUUAAGCAGAAAAUCCCCCUCCCCCCCCACACCGCAUUUGGGGGUUUUGAACCAGUCUGUCUUCAAUGAGAGGUCCUAAAGCAAAGAAGAGGGCCUUGAGGAACAGUAGGAGGAGUCUGAAGGCAUAACUGCAUAGGGGCCAACGGAGAAGCAGUCACACAUUAAGAAAUCAUACCUUGGUAUAUUUUCUAAUAGAACUAGCGACUCUUAAAUGCUGAAGGAUUGUUUAUCCUCCAUUAGGGGAAAUACUUCUGUCGGAGUCGGGGCCGGGCGGGGAGGGGGAGGGUUUUUUUUUGUGUUUCAAGGUCUAGUUAUUUGAGGUGGAAAGAUCCAUGUGCUGAGCAAAAGAAACAGAUGUGAUUUUUCUUCCUUAAACUAGAACACCAAAAAAUUCACCUGUGGGGAUAGCUGGACGUGUCAGCAUGUUACAUAAAAGAAGAAAUGAUGAAAUCAUUUUACAGUUCCUUAUAUAUUCAUUCUCAAAAACUAAAAGUGCAAUCUUGUCUCAAAUACAGUAUAUUGUCUAUUUUCAAGGCCUCAUCUGGUCUCUGUUUUAAUAAUUUGUUUGUCUGAAGACCCCAAGGUAUAGCCAGGUCUUCUUCGGAAAGUCUCUAAAUUCAGAAUCAUUUUUUGUUUUGUUUUGUUUAAUUUAAAGCUCAAUCGAUAGUCGUUACUGCAAACAUUUUAUUUUAAAACGUUGAUAGACUGAUAUUUCUUGGAAGAAAAAAUGUACAAUAUCAAACACUGGUUAUCACUUGUGAUAGAAAAGAAAACUAUUCAAUCUGUUGUUAUUUCUCGUUAGAAAUGUAAACCUACAAUAUAUGUUGUAGUUAAUGACACUACUUCAAAAUGA